AUGCUGAUUAAAUUUGGUCUGUCCUUCGCCGCGAUCUGUUUGUGCGUAGCGUUCGCCAUGCCGCCCUGCCGAUGUCCGCUAGCUGGUCGUCCGGUGUGCGGCUCCAACGGACAGACAUACACGAACAUGUGCUUCCUGAUGUGCGCGGGCCUACGCAAUCCUAACGUGACGCUGGCCAGCAGGGGGCCCUGCGAGCCCACCACUACCUCAGAUCCGACCACAGCCCAUCUCCUUGGUACCGAAGAUACCACCCAAGUGGCCAGGGUGCGCACCGACAGCUCUUUGGCGUCC